AUGGGUACAGAGUGGGACGAGUUGAUGAAGUGGAUGAGUCGGUUCAAGUGGCGUAAGCAUCAUCGAAAGAUCAGGCUUGAGGAGAAUGAUGCUGUAGAUGAUGUUAAGCGAAAACCUGACGACAAGACACAACCACAAUGCGAAAUUGGUCCUGAGAUUACCAUGAUUGUACGGACAAAUGAUAAUCAACAAAUAGAAAGUCAGGUGUGA